CAUGACAAAGCAAAAGGGGCUUAUCUUGUCAACUGAUUUAUAACGUUCAUCUAUGAAGUGUAGUCUCGUCUUGAAAUUCUCUUUCAUCCAUGAAACCAUGCUUACAUUGUACUACCACAACCCUGUACUGCCACCUAAAACCCUUCCAAAUCCUUCUCCUUCAUUUUUCGCUACGCACAAAACCCUAACCAUUCAAAGCCCUUCCAAAAAAUCCACCAUCAAAUGCGCCGCUACCACGCAGAACCCGCAAACCAAAUCCAAAGCCCACCUCCAAAAGCUUCCCAGAUCCGCCAUUCAACGAAUUGCCGACAAGCUUCGAAGUCUAGGCAUUGUUGAAGAAGCGAGUCCUGACAAAACCGAAAACCCUGAACCAGAAUCCCUGGAAAAAAAUUCCGCAGGGGAGAUAUUUAUCCCACUUCCCAAUAGAAUUCCCAAGUUUCGUGUGGGCCAUACUUUGGAUUCCAGUUGGAGUACACCGGAAAACCCUGUACCGGUGCCGGGUUCGGGAGAGGCUAUUGUGAGGUACAACGAGUUGAGAAAUGAAGUGAUGAAGCAAAAGCGGUUGGACAAGAAACCAAAGGAGAAGGUUGUGCCUUCAUUGGCUGAGUUGAAACUUUCAGGAGAAGAGUUGAGAAGGUUGAGAACAAUUGGGAUUGGGUUGAGGAAGAAGUUGAAAAUUGGGAAAGCUGGAAUUACGGAGGGAAUAGUGAAUGGGAUACAUGAGAGGUGGAGAAAUGCUGAGGUGGUGAAGAUUGAGUGUGAGGAUUUGUGUAGGUUGAAUAUGAACAGAACUCAUGAUCUUUUGGAGAGAAAAACUGGAGGCUUGGUUGUUUGGAGGUCUGGAAGUAAAAUAAUAUUGUACAGGGGGGCCAAUUAUAAGUAUCCGUACUUUUUGUCUGAUAAAAGUUCAACAGAUGAUUCUUCUCCUGAUGCUAUACCUGAUCAAAAUGUGGAUAGUAGAGUAUUUGAUACAAUGAAGAACUGCUCUUCCGGUGCUGACGGCACCAGUGGUGCAAAACCUUCUGGACAAAGUCCAACAAACAAAAGGAUUCAACCAACCUUAAUUCAUGGUGUUGGUUCUCCUGAUAAAGUAAGAUUUCAACUGCCAGGCGAGGAAGAACUUGCCAAAGAAGCUGAUCGUUUGUUGGAUGGCCUGGGUCCUCGAUUUACUGAUUGGUGGGGUUAUGACCCUCAACCUGUGGAUGCUGAUCUUCUACCUGCCAUAGUUCCUGGUUACAGGAGACCUGUUCGCCUUCUUCCCUAUGGUGUGAAGCCAGUACUAACAAAUGAUGAAAUGAACACAUUAAGAAGACUUGGCAAACCCUUACCUUGCCAUUUUGCAUUGGGUAGAAAUAGGAAACUUCAGGGACUGGCUGCUGCCAUAAUUAAGCUCUGGGAAAAAUGUGAGAUUGCCAAGAUUGCAAUCAAGAGAGGAGUACAGAACACUAACAGUGAGUUGAUGGCUGAAGAGUUAAAAUGGUUGACAGGAGGGAGUGUGCUUCACCGGGAUAAAUUUUUUAUUGUCCUAUAUAGGGGAAAGGAUUUCUUACCUGCUGUUGUUUCUUCUGCAAUUGAAGAACGAAGAAAGCAUGGAAUUCUUUAUGAAAACCAGAGGACAGAGUUCAGUACGUCAACUAAAGCAGCACCAGAGCUUAAACUUGGGAAUAUAGAGGUUAAUUGUAGAGAUAAUGUAGAGUCUGAUUCUGAAAACCAAUUUACUGAUAUGGAUGACCAGCAAAAUAUUCCUGAGUCAGAACAAACUAAAGGAAGGUCUGCUGAGGCAGCUAUUAGAAGGACUAGCUUAAAGUUGUCAAUGGCAUUAGAAAGGAAAGCGAAGGCGGAGAAGCUUUUAGCUGAGUUGGAGAAGGAGGAAAUCACACAACAGCCUGAACUAGAUAAAGAGGGUAUAACAGAAGAAGAAAGAUACAUGCUACGAAAGGUUGGCUUAAGAAUGCAAGCUUUCCUACUAACGGGUAGACGGGGGGUUUUUGCUGGAACAGUUGAAAACAUGCAUCUCCACUGGAAAUAUAGAGAACUUGUGAAGAUAAUAUCUAAGCAGAAAAGCAUUGAAGCUGUUCAUCAGGAAGCACGAACCUUAGAAGCUGAAAGUGGUGGUAUUUUAGUGGCAGUUGAGAGAGUGAGUAAGGGUCAUGCCAUUAUUAUAUAUCGGGGAAAGAAUUAUGAAAGGCCUACAUCUUUAAGGCCUAAGACGCUGCUGACUAAAAGACAAGCACUGAAACGUUCUGUAGAAGGUCAGCGUCGUAAGUCUUUGCAACUACAUGUUUUGGAACUAACCAGAAACAUUAACAAAUUGAGAAAUCAGUUGGUUAAAGAAAAGGAAGCAAACACUAUGGAACCAGUUGAUGAAUCAAGAUUACUGCUAGUUCAAGAGGAGAUGGGCAAUUUGCAGUCAGCUUAUGUAAGAUCAGAUUUUGAACUUAAAUCCAGUGAUAACUCUCAAUCAGCAAUUCCUAUUCCAUAUGACCCAAAUCUAGAGGCUAGGGAGAAACAUGGAGCUGAUUCAACUUGCAUAAAAUCAAAUGAUACCAAGGAUGCUACAACAGUCAGUCUACAGGCAACUCAACAGAUUGAUUUCUCUUCGACAUAUAAUGGGAUUGAGAUGCUUAAAACUGACAUUGAGUCAUUAUCUUUAUCUUUAAGUAGUGUAACCCUGGAAAGUGGAACUGCAGACUCUGAUACAUGCCCUGAUAAUUCUUUGCAGGAAGGAAUGGGCUAUUCUGCUGUUGUAAAUGCUGAGAAUUGUUCAUCCAGCUUAUCUGGAUCUCAACAAGAAGGAAUGAUCCAUUCUGUUGCUGUUAAUGCUGAAGAUCUUUCAUCUGUCUCAUCUGAGUUUCAGCAAAAAGGAAUGGGUGAUGCUUUUGCUAAUGCUGAGGAUCUUUCUUCUGCCUCAUCUGAAUCUCAGCAAGAAGGAAUAAAAAAAUUUUCUGUUGUUAAUGCUGAGAAUUUUUCAUCUGAUUCUGAGCCAAUAGGCUCAUCACUUAAAUCAGCCAUAAAUAGAUCCGAAUUAUCAUUUUCGGCCGUGUUUGAAAAUGGGUGGAAGAUGGCUUCUAGAGUUGUAAACCUUUCCAAUAGAGAAAGGCUUCUGCUACGAAAGCAGGCUUUAAAAAUGAAGAAACGCCCAGUUCUUGCCAUAGGGAAGAGAAACAUUGUCACUGGUGUUGCAAAAACCAUAAAAGAACACUUUCGAAAGCAUCCUCUAGCUAUAGUAAAUGUCAAAGGCAGAGCCAAAGGGACUUCAGUCCAGGAAGUGGUUGCCAAGCUGCAGGAAGCAACAGGUGCAGUUCUAGUUUCUCAGGAGCCUAGUAAAGUCAUAUUGUACAGGGGCUGGGGUGCAGAAGAUGAACCUGGCUGCAGGAAUAAGAAGAAUGCCAGAGAUAAAACGUCAUUUAGCAGAGAGGUUGACCUCCAGCCUGCUGUGUCUCCAGAGCUCCUUGCAGCAAUCAGAGUUGAAUGUGGAUUGCAAGAUCAACAAGAGCAUGAAGGCACUUCAGAGGCCGGUCUAUAAGGUUGUGCAAAAGAUAGUCCUGGGUCAUUCAAUGAUACCAAAUUCAUUGCAUUUACAUGCAGAACUGUCAGCCCAGAGAUAGUCUAGCGCCAAAGUGACCAGGCAUGAGUUAUUCUUUAAAGGGUUAGUUUAGGCCCUAAAUGCUAUCUCUUGAGACACUCAGGAAGCUCUCCUCUCUGCGUACUUACGUUAGUUUCAACGAGAGCUAACAGAUGGCGAGGUACCUUCUUCAAAGAAAUUGGUAAUAGAGUGCUACGAAGAACUGGAAUACCAAAUGCUAACGCAAACAGAACAUUUGGAAUCGUAUAAUUGUCCAUUAUCCAUAGAGCUUGUGGUUGUGGCUGAUAAAGUUAUGUUAAAUAUUGGUGAGCCAGUGUAUCCAACUUCAGGCCUUGUUGGUUAUAGAAUGUAAAUAUUGUGUAAGCUUUUGCAUAUUUGGUUAGGGCUACAUACAAUCCAAAUGACGCAAAUUAAAUGAUAACCUUCGAAGCAUUUCCCUUA